GGGAGCUUGAACAUUGGAGCAGACGGCUGCAACUACAAGGGAGGAAAUGGCGAGCAGACAUAUAACGCCAGCGCCGGGCAGCGCUGAUUACGAAGACCAAAUCGCCGAGUAUGGACGGGACAUUCGACCACAGCAAUAUGCGGCGAUAACCAUCUGUGCGGCAGCAGCAACGAUUGCUGUAGCACUGCGUUUGUACACCCAGAGGAGGUUUCGAAAGCAAUGGGGUCUAGACGACGCCCUCAUCCUCAUGGCGCUGGUCAUUGUUUGGGCGCAGAUGAUAGCUAGUAUCUUGAGUUUGGUCCAUGGAGCUGGCCUUCACCAGGUUCGAGUGCUUCUUGAGGAUCAGCAUGCUCCAAACGGUCUGCAAUCGCUGUAUACUGCCUACUGGAUCGUCUCAGUGCUCUGGGCGCCGGCGAUCAUGUGCAUCAAACUUUCCAUCCUGAUUGUGUAUCGACGAAUCUUUCUGGGGAACCAACGUUGGUUCAAGAUCGCACUUUGGGCCAACGGAUUCUAUGCGCUGGGCCUGGGGAUUGCAUCGACCUUCGUCUUCAUCUUCCAAUGUAGUCCAGUCGACUACUAUUGGACCCGCUUCGUGGCAUUCUACGGAUAUCCCGCGCCAAAGGGAGGUUGCUUGCCACAGAUGGCCCAUCUGGUCACUCCCCAGAUCCUCAGUACAGCGUCAGAUCUCGUCAUUCUGCUCCUUCCGAUCCCUGUCAUCUGGGGUCUUCACGUUGAGAACUCUCGCAAGAUCCCUGUGUUCCUCGUCUUUCUGCUCGGUGCAUUUACCGUUGGCUGCGGCAUUGCCCGAAUUUCUGUUAUCUUCCAUGUCAGCAAUGUGGUUGAUGUGACCUGGAAUAAUAUCGACACGGUCACAUUCACUGUCGUAGAGUGUGGUGUUGGUAUCGUCUGCGCCUGCAUGCCACCGUCUGCGCCUCUGUAUACAUCAUUCCUCCGCGGACAACAUGACGUGUUGCUACCAAAAGAGUCUGCCUCUGCUAAAUAUAACAGUGGCCCCCAAGCAAGCCAUAAGGCCAGUUUCUUCAGGCAAAGAAAAUCAGAGAUAAUGGAUAAUACCGACCUCGAAUUUCAGGGGCUCGUUCCUGGCACCAAAACACAAGCUUGGUCCCACCCUGCAGAGGCUAAUAGGUCGGGUUCGGGAUAUAAUAUGAAGCAGGGGUGCGAUAUGAUCAGGGUUGACCACAGGGUCGAGUGGUCAUCGACGAGGACAUCGUCGGUGACAAGAUCAGAGUCUCAAGAAUAGGCGCUGAGGUGCUUUGAGUAGGCGUUAGGGUGAAUUUUUUAUGUGGCAACGGCCCUGCACAUGGGCUGGAGCAAUUGAGUAAGGGAGAUACCAUAUUUUAUUGUUGUUUGUUCGUUAUAUGUACCGUAUACCCAGUACUAGAGGAUAUCUCCUUCAAUGUCGAUGAUUUGGAGGUUUGUAAAAGAAUAGUGGUAACCGAGGUCACGUUGGUUAAUCAAAUGUAUACCUGAGGCAUAGCG